GAACACGAACUCACACACUGAGGAAGGCCGGACAGCCGAAAGCACUCUGUGUUGAGCUUUUUUCUGUAUUGAUGACAAAAUAAAUUAACUUUUCUGCAUUCCGGAGGUGUGCGAUCCCCAUUUUUUUUGAUUCAUUGUGGAAGAGGGGCCCACUUUUGGAAAUGUUGUUUGUCGACUGGCCUGUCUGAGGACUCCCUUAAAAGCAUGGUUAUUUCACGCAGAGGCUGGGUUAAGCUUGCUCACAAGGGAGUAGAUUUCAGAGGUUCCUACAUACGCUUUGAGCUGAUGGACAAUGCAGACAUAUGUCAGAGCACCUGUACUGCUGAUCCUAACUGCCAGUUCUACGCCUACGUAACUGAAAACUUCUCUGACCGCAGUUACUGGCGCCGCUGCUAUAUCAAUCGUGCCAUCACCAUGCCUGCUCCUCCUAAAGUUACCAAACUGGCCAAUGUUGUGUCAGGCUUCCACCAGAGGAACUGUGUGUGGAGUGCUCUACACACACACAUUUAACAUCAUUUGAAU